AAUUUUUCAAAUUUAAUAUUUUUUUCAAAUCUUUUCAAAUUCCAGUCAGCUUCCAUAAAAGUUGAGGGUUUGAAUUUACAAAUUAAUUGAGACUAAAGCCUGUAAUUUAGUUGAAGUACAGGGACGAAGCAUAAAAAUUUGAUAUUUUGUAUUUACGAGAUAUUUUGCUUAUAUGUUUUCUCUCUCAAAACUCAGCGCCAGAGAGCUCAGACUUCGAUCAUCAAUUUUAGGGUUUUUUUUCUAUUAUUUCAUAAUCAGAUUCUUGAUUAUCCAAAACUCUAAUCUUCAGAUCAGGUCUUAGUUUUCUAGUUGUUGGGCUCUUUCGACCAGCUAAGUUUCAUGUCUGAUCUUGACAUCCAGAUUCCUACUGCCUUUGAUCCGUUUGCUGAUGCAAAUGCUGAAGACUCUGGUGCCGGUGCCAAGGAGUAUGUGCAUAUUCGUAUUCAGCAGCGGAAUGGUAGGAAAAGCCUGACCACGGUCCAGGGGUUGAAAAAAGAAUUCAGCUAUAACAAAAUUCUUAAGGACCUCAAGAAAGAGUUUUGUUGCAAUGGCACUGUGGUCGAAGACCCUGAAUUAGGGCAGGUUAUUCAGCUUCAAGGCGAUCAAAGGAAGAAUGUUUCCACCUUCCUUGUUCAGGCCGGUAUUGUGAAGAAGGAUAACAUCAAAAUCCACGGCUUUUAAAGUUGCAACGGCUAAAUUUUCUUCAAGUCUAUCCUAUUCUGAAACUCCUAUAUAUGUAAUGUUAUAAUAUGUUUAUAGUGGUGUGAUACUGAUAAAUGCACCCUGUGACUGUGUUUCUUGUUGUGCUUUCAACUCUUUAGCCCUAUGUGAUGCUGAAUGGCGAUGUUAGCUUUAAUUAUUUCUAUUUCUCA